UUCAUAUUCUUACGACAUGUAUCAUGCUGGUAGUCCUUAUGGACCCAGUUAUCGCGGAACACAUUCUGGUUCUAGCGCUCCCAACAUUCAGCCAUACACGUAACUUGUUGGAUGUUGUCAAUCACGUGACUCGGACCUAUGGUUACAAAGCAACUGUGGUGACAUCAACCAUGAUAGCUACAAGUUUGAAACUCCAGUCUAACGCUGCUAUCGAUAUCAUUAUUUCCAGUGUAUUUGACAAAGCUGACUUUAAGGAUGCGGAAACUAGAUUAGCUAAAGAUAUAUGUCACUUACGAAAAAUAGGUAAAAGACCCAGUCUAACAGAACAAUGGAAUAUAGUAAUGACGUGUGAUAAGUUUCACAACGACACGCGUCUUUUCAAACGACUCAAAAACAGGGAAUUUAAAUUGGCAAUUGUUGACAAUGUGCCCCUGGCAGAAUGUUUUGCAUCCUUUUCCUAUAAACUUUCUAUUCCAUAUAUUUAUUUUGGAGUUUUGUAUGAUCCUGUAAGAAUGCGAAUUCCCUUUUCACCGGCAACAACUCCUUUUUAUUUUCGCUUUGCUUUAAGUGACAAGAUGAGUUUCCGCGAAAGACUAUAUAAUGUUCUAACGUCAGUAGUAAUGGAGAUAGCUCCAAGUUACUUAGUGUCGGUUACAAAUAUCGCCAAAUACACAAACGAUAGGGAACCAAUAACAGCCAUUCAGCUUAUGUCGAAAGCUUCAUUUCAUUUAGUGGAAACUGACUUUCUCAUUGACUAUCCAAAACCGUCAUUGCCCCACGUUGCUUUUGUUGGAGGGAUAUCUACCAAACCAUCUAAAUCCUUAUCAGAUGUGUUUCAGGCAUUCAUGGAUUCUAGCGAUUAUGGCACAAUAAUAGUAUCAUUUGGAAGUGGACUUAAUGGUUUUCCCCCUGACAGAAUUGAUACUUUUAUUAAAGCAUUUAAAAAUCGUCCUGACUUGAAUUUUAUCGUUAAGCAUGGCGUGGCAGGAUAUACUGAUGGUAAUAUAAUGUUUUCUCCCUGGAUACCACAAAACGAUCUUUUAGGUCAUCCAAAGACUGUUGCGUUCAUGACACACUGUGGCAACAAUGGUCAGUUUGAGGCUUUGUAUCACGGGGUUCCUAUGAUAGGGUUUCCGUUAUUUUCCGAUCAAUAUUACAACUGUGAACGUAUGAGGCAAAAAGAGUACGGGGUUGUACUAGAUUUCUGCUCAUUUGGCGUCAGCGAAAUCGAAAAAGCUUUAACAGAAGUAACAAAAAAGGAAAUCUACUUAAACAACAUAGGGAAUGCGUCACAGAUAUUCCACAGUCGAUCGGAAACUCCGCUACAGCGAGCGUCCUACUGGAUAGAUCACGUGGUCCGGUACGGUAACAAGUUCAUCUACUCGUACUCUACUGACAUGCCCUGGUAUCAGUAUUAUCUCUUGGACAUACUAAUAGCUAUAGGAAUGUCCUUCACCAUUUCGAUUUACAUAAUAGCUAAACUAUUCAAUAAAUGGAGGUAUCUGUGUUGCCAGCGGAACAAUAAUGGCGUUUCAAGCAAGACCAAAAGCAACUGAUUUCAUUCAACGGUUAACUUUCUUUCAUUUAAUGUCUCGGUAAAUGAAUGGUGUCCGUUCACUAUCGUUAUGAUAACACCUGCCCAUUUUUAAUUUGUACUGUCUUAGUAAACAGAUAAUGAAUUUGUUUUUGGAUCACUAGAAUGUGUUUGUAUAUAUACUAUAUAAUUAAAAAUCAAUGAAGAUGAACUGGUCUUUUUGCUAAUGAAUAUAAUAUUUUCAAUGUUUCAAAUAUGUGGACCUCUGUUUCAACUAGAUGUGAAUGAAUUUUAUGACGUUUCUAAGUAGACUUAA